AUGUUCUCGCCUGCUGUUGGCAGAGCCGCCCGCUCUGCAAACGUAUUCUCUGCUGCGCCAGCGACUUCCUUCGUCUUCACCCGCUGCGCCCGCUCUGCGCUGAGCACCAGCACGGCGCCGCAACAACCCUUCCGACCCAGUCACCAGCGGCGCUACUCGUCCUCGAAGCCAUCAACCCCUCCGAAUAGCAAGAAAAAGCCCACCGAGUUAGAUCAGAAUGCCACUGCAGAGCUUCAGGGUGCAGGGAAGAGGUCCAGGGAGACGAAGAAGCUGAAGGAGCCCUCGACGGCUACCACAGGCAACAACGUGCCCUUUGUACCACCAACAAACCACCUCCGGGAAGAUGAUGUCAAACUAUCCGCCUUCUUUGGCCUCCACCGCCCCAUCUCCAUUUCACGCUCCUUCCCCAACUCCACGUCGACGGCUGAGUUUGACGCCUUCUUCGAUGUGAACCGGGCAAACGAUGUCCAAAGAAUGGAAGCCACCAAGAAUAUCCUUAGUGGCUUCCUGAAUCGCAUACACGCCGAGAUAGACGCACAAGAGGAGCAACGAGCCGACGCAAUACAAUCAGAACAGGUGGUUUACCACCUCGAUGUUCAGCCCACAAAAGAAAGUGUCGAGGACUGGGCUGCCCGCCUCGUUCCCUUCCAACCACCUGCGGCACCCCAGCCGUAUGAUUCACUCGCGAGCGCGACUGAGGCCGAGUCCUACUCUGCCGAAGGUCUCUCCGCCAGCAUCAAUCAGCGCAUAACUGAAGUCCCGCUGCCUUCGGAAGAGAGCCGGCCAAGCACAUUCCGGGAGCACGUUGCGCGGCGAAGAUAUGGCAUGUACAUGAUUAGUGUAAAGAGGCAACGAAAGCUCAAGAUGAAGAAGCACAAGUACAAGAAGCUCAUGAAGCGGACUAGGCUAUUGCGGAGGAAGCUGGAUAGGACGUAG